UUCAAGUUCUCAUUAGAUGCUUCACAGCAGUGUGAAGUCUGGCAGAGUGACGUCAUCUCCCGGCGCCGCGGAAAUACACGUGUGUGGCUCCGGUCUCCAGCGCGACACGGCGAAAAGUGUCCAAAUACAGCGAAGAAACUCGUAAUUUACCAGAGAAACCAUGGGUAAAAAACUGAAAGUCGGAAAAACCCGAAAGGACAAAUUCUACCAUCUCGCCAAAGAAACGGGUUAUCGCUCCCGGUCGUCAUUUAAACUCAUCCAGCUCAAUCGGAAGUUCCAGUUUCUCCAGAAAGCUCGAGCUCUGGUGGAUCUGUGCGCCGCUCCCGGAGGAUGGCUCCAGGUGGCCUCUAAGUUCAUGCCGGUGUCCAGUCUCGUCAUAGGAGUGGAUCUGGUGCCCAUUAAACCCAUCCCGAAUGUGGUCACUCUUCAGGAGGACAUCACCACUGAGAAAUGCAGACAGGCUCUGAGAAAGGAGCUGCAGACGUGGAAGGUGGACGUGGUUCUCAAUGACGGUGCGCCGAAUGUUGGUGCAAACUGGCAACACGAUGCUUUCUCUCAAGCCAACCUGACGCUGAUGGCUCUGAAGCUGGCCUGCGAGUUCCUGGCGAAGGGCGGCACGUUUAUCACCAAAGUUUUCCGCUCCAAAGAUUACCAGCCGCUCAUGUGGAUCUUCCAGCAGUUCUUCAAGAAAGUCCAAGCCACCAAACCUCAGGCCUCCAGGAACGAGUCCGCUGAGAUCUUCGUCGUCUGCCAAGGUUUUUUGGCGCCGGAUAAAAUUGACAACAAAUUCUUCGACCCCAAACAUGCCUUUAAAGAGGUGGAUGUGCAAGUGAAGACCGUCAAAGAGCUGGUUAACAAGAAGAAGCCCAAGGCUGAAGGCUACAGUGAUGGCGAUCUCACUCUCUACCACAAGUUCACCAUCACUGAAUUCCUGAAGGCGGAAAACCCUGUGGAUUUCCUGAGCAAAGCCAACGAAAUCACGUUUGAUGACCCGCUGCUGGAGUCUCACCCCCUGACGUCCGCUGAGAUCAGAGAGUGCUGCUCAGAUGUGAAAGUUCUGGGGCGUAAGGAGCUGCGUCUGCUGUUGUCAUGGAGAUCCAAGCUGAGGAAGUUCCUAGCGAAAAAGCUGCGACAGGAAGCCAAACAACUCGAUCAGGAAGCGAGCUCGGAUGAUGAGCAGAGUGACACCGAUGAGAAGGAGAGCAAGAAGAAGAAGUCAGAAGAGAAGAAAGAGGAGGAAGAUGAAGACGAGGCGAUGGAGAAAAAGCUGACAGAGCUGAAAGCAGAAGAGUUUGCUGAGCUCAAACGGAAGAAGAAGAAGCUGCUGAAGGAGCGUCGUAAGCAGCGGGAGCGUGUGGAGCUGAAGAUGGAUCUUCCAGGAGUGUCGAUCGCAGACGCUGGCGAUUCCUCCAUGUUCAGCCUCGGCAGCAUCAGGAAGAGCCAGGGUCUGCAUCAGCUGGCUCAGGGUGAUAUGUCUGCAGCAGACGCUCUGCUGGAGGAUGACGAGCAGGAGGAUGUUCAUCUGUCUGAUGAAGAGCAGGAGGACGAGCGCAUGUCUCUGGCCUCAGACCUGGACUCUGAUGACCUGCAGGAGAUCCAGCAGAAGGAGGAGCAGAUGCUCAAAAACAAGCCCAAGAAGAAGAAGAAAGUGUCGUUUGAGCAGCAGGAUGAUGGUGACGAGGACAAUAAAAACGAAUUGCUUGUCGAGCUUGAAGGAAAAGACGAGAGGAAGGAGCGCGAGACCAGCAUGUGGUUCAGCAAGGAUAUCUUCGCUGAGCUCGAUCUGAACGACGACACCGACGCCAUGAACGAACUCAAGCAAACGCAGAUCCUGCAGACCGGAAGAGGUAAAAAGAGGAAGGCACAGCAGGAGGAAGAGGCGGAGCCUAAGAAACCGGAACAGAAAGUGGCCACUCCCUCACAGGAAGUGAAGGAGGCUGAAGACAGCGACUCUGAUGACAGCAGCGAUGAUGAGAGGGAGAUUGCGCAAAUGAAACAAGCGUCAGCGGCCGUCGGUACGAAUGGAGCUGAAGAAAACGACAACAUCCAAGUUAUUCCAGUUGAAAAAACAAAUAAGCGCGCUCGUGUUCUGGAUGCUGAAGGUUUGGCUCUCGGUGCUCAGAUCGCCACGUCCAAAAAAAGAGAGCGAGACCUGAUUGACGGCUCCUUCCACAGGUUUGCCAACUCUGAGGACAUGACCGAGGUUCCGGCCUGGUUUGUGGACGAUGAGAAGAAGCACCGAAAACGGCCGGUUCCUGUGACCAAAGACAUGGUGGAGGAAUACAAGCAGAAGUGGAAAGAAAUCAACGCUCGGCCAAUCAGACGCGUGGCGGAGGCUAAAGCCCGCAAGAAGAGACGGACGCUGAAGAAGAUGGAGCAGGCCAAGAAGAAAGCUGAAGCUGUGGUGAAUACAGUGGACAUUUCAGAGCGAGAGAAGAUGGCUCAGCUUAAGAGUAUCUACAAGAAGGCCGGCGUGGGGAAGGAGAAGCGUGAAGUGACGUAUGUUGUGGCCAAGAAGGGCGUCGGCCGCAGAGUUCGCCGUCCAGCAGGAGUGAAAGGAGCCUUUAAGGUCGUCGACGGGCGGAUGAAGAAAGACACAAGAGCUGCGCAGAGGAAAGAUGAAAGGGGGCGGGGCAAAGGAGGGCGAGGUUCAAAAGGUGGGUGCGGUUCUAAAUAAGGCGGGGCAUGAA